UACCUUACGUUUUGUGUCAGGAAUAAUAAGGAUUGAAGCAUUUCUCUGUCAUGGUAUCAUCGCUGAAACCUCACCCUUCUUCCGCUUAACGUUCUCUUCUUCUUCCUUAAUACUUGACCAUGGCUUCCUCCAGCCAGAACCCUACACAGACACCGGAUCACUUGGUGAAUCCGGAAAAUCCGCUUUACCUGCGUCCUGGAGAGAAUCCAGCAUUAGUACUUGUUUCUCCUCUUCUCACGGAGAGCAAUUUUCACCAAUGGGAGAGAGACAUGGUAGUCUCCCUUGAAACCAAAAACAAGGAGAAGUUCAUUGAUGGUACUCUUUCUUGUCCACCUAUUACAGAUCCACUACACGAGGCUUGGCGUAGAUCCAAUCGGAUGGUGAUGUCAUGGCUCACUCGUUCCAUGACUCCUUCGAUCAAACAGUCGGUGAUGUGGAUGGAUACGGCAUUGGAGAUUUGGAGGGAUCUCAAGGAUCGCUUCUCUCAUGCUGACAAAUUCCGGAUUUGUGAUCUUCAGGAUCAGAUUCUUGCUUGUCGUCAAGGUGACUUCAGUGUUUCUGAAUACUAUACGAAAUUGAAAAUCCUGUGGAAAGAAUUGGAGCUCUAUCGGUGUGUUCUGACUUGCACCUGUUUGACACCUUGCAAAUGUGGUCUUCUCUCUAAACUUCACAAAGAAAGAGAGGAUGAUUAUGUGAUUAGAUUUCUUCGCGGACUUAAUGAGAGCUAUGCACAAGUUCGUUCUCAGAUCAUGAUGCUGGAUCCCAUGCCUUCGAUUGUCAAGACUUUUUCUAUGGUUCUUCAGCAUGAACGUGAAUUCAUUGGCCUCAUUCCGAAACAUUCUGUUCCAGAUUCUUUGGCUUUUGCUGCUAUGUCUACUAAUCAACCCAGAUUCAACUCCUCCGACAGGACCAAUUCUAAUGCAAGCAAGAACAAUUCCAAGAACAACAAAUUCUGUGAGAAAUGCAAAAAAACCAAUCACACCAUUGAGACUUGCUACUUUCGUAUUGGUUUUCCUGCUGGUUACAGAAAGAAUAAAACCAACAACAAAGCUUCUGCUAGUUUGGUUGAAGUGGAUUCAAAUGCCUCUCUUCCACACCUCGAUUUGGAUGGCAGUCCUACCAAUGACCAGUUCACUUUCUCUAAAGAUCAGUAUCACGCACUCUUGGCUUUGCUCCAACACACUAAGGCUCAUUCAUCCUUAGUAAAUCAUUCUUCUGUCCACAACUCAGAAAUCUCAUUUCAAGAUGAUUGGAGCAGCUAGGAAGAUUGAUGGCUUGUACUGUCUUGAAGAAUCAAAUGAUUUGAAUUGCACUAAAGUUUUACAACAUUCUGUUAUAAAUAAAUCAAAUAUUUCUGUUGUAAAUGCAGUAAAUACCGGUGCAUUAUGGCAUCAUAGACUCGGCCAUACUUCGAAUUCCAUUUUGCAGUUGUUAUCUUCUCAAUAUAAUGAUAUUAUAUAUAAAAACUGUACA